AUGCAAGAAACGGACCUCCACUAUCCACCCGAAACUUGUCCGUUUUGCAACAUUGCAGCCGCUUUUCCAUUUUCAGCUCCCUCUUCGUCAAAUAGUCCUACACUAUGGACAAGUAGAAGUAAAAGCCACGAGUCCUACCUAGACUGUGUACCUAAAGACGACGAAAGCGACCCGGAGAAGACCAAUCCGAGUAGUUUUGUUGUCCUGAGGAGCAAGGAUGUUGUUGCUUUUCUUGACAUCUUACCCAUGACUGGCGGACAUUUACUAGUCACUACUCGACAGCACAAAGUCAAAGUUGCAGACAUGGAACCCGUGGAGAGUAGAGAGAUUGGCUUCUGGCUACCAGUGUUAGCAAGGACAGUGGCCAAGGUUACAGGUGUAACAGAUUACAACAUUGUGCAGAAUAACGGAGCGCGUGCCGCACAAGUGGUACCACAUGUGCAUUUCCACAUCAUUCCGCGUCCAGAGACAAUGCCAGAGAUCAAAAACAAGAGCUGGACAAUGUUUGGGCGGGGUCAAAGAGAUGAUUUGGAUGACGAAGAGGGCGCCAAGAUGGCAGGCGAAAUGCGAAGGGUACUAAGAGAGGAGGUAGAGAAGAUGAGUGGUACGAGUGCGAAGUUAUGA